UAUUUAUGAUUUUUCCAUCUCUCUAAGAUGUGAUAUAUUAUACCUAGUGUUAGUACCCUCUCUCAUAUCGGUUAAUCAUUGAUGCUGGGAAUGAAAUGGAUUUGACAUCUAAUCCUAAACAAUCUCUGUUUUGCCUAAAAUGGCCAUGGGAUGAAGCAAACCCUAACCCUAACAUUGCCAAAAACCCUAAUCACUGCAAUUUCGAAUCUCCAUGGCUAUUCAGGUCUCUCCAAACCCUUGGCUCAAUCGCUUCCAAUUUUGCUGGGUCAGUUUCAAAAUCUUCAAUUUCUGGUAGUUACAGUUCCUUGAACCUUGAUGGGAAAAUGGGUCACCGCAAGAAUCUGAAGAAAGUGACUCCUGGUGGUGGUGGUACCGGGCAGGCGGAGGCGGAGCAGCGAGCUUUUGCCUCUGCUCUGGCGAGUGGGAAGGAGGCCACUGUGCUUGAAUUCUACUCACCCAAAUGCAGGCUCUGUAAUUCGUUGCUUAAUUUUGUUUCCGAAGUGGAGGCUAGGAACUAUAACUGGCUCAACAUUGUCAUGGCUGAUGCUGAGAAUGAGAAUUGGCUACCGGAGCUCCUUAAUUAUGAUGUUAGGUAUGUUCCUUGCUUUGUGCUUCUUGACAACAAAGGAAGGGCCAUAGCGAAGAGUGGGGUCCCAAGUAGUCGUUUACAUGUUAUAGCAGGACUCUCUCAUCUCCUCAAAAUGAAGCGUCCUCAGCAAAAUAAUGGAUCACAGGAGUCUAGUGCAUGAAACGACUUUGACCAGGUUGUAGUAUGAUCGUUACUUCCUCUUGGAGGUUAAGCCCUUGUGUGGGACGGAUUCUGCUUCUCUUCCUCCCUUACUGAUGGACUGUGCGUUGGUUGGGGUAUCUGUCCCCCUGGUUUCCAAUUCUAAUACCUGGAGUUCUGAUGGUUCUUUGCUUUGUGUGUGCAAUCUACUUAUACAAUUUCCUCUUUUUUUGUAUUGUAAAUGGGUUGGGGCACCCCUUGUGCUCCCCAUCAAUUAAAUUUGGCUUAUCAAAAAAGAGUAUUGUCUAUU